UGCUUCUGAAAAAGAAAGAGCUGCACCUUCAAAGGAAGGAUAUACAGAUGAGAGAGAGGGAGAUGCAGCAGAAAAUGGAGCUGCAGCUGAAAAAGAAAGAAAUGCAGCUGAAAAAGAAGGAGAGGCUGCUUAAAGAGAAGGAGAUGCAGCUGAAAGAGACGGAGGAGGACCUGAAAAAGAAAAAGAUGCAGCUGAAAGAUGAAAAGGCGGGGCUGAAAGAGACAGAAUUGCAACUGAGUAAGAAGGAGAUGAGUCUGAAAAGAAAGACGGCUAGGCUGAAAGGGAAGGAGGAACAGCUGCAAGAGAAGGAGGGGCAGCUGCAAGAGAAGGAGGGGCAGUUGCAAGAGAAGGAGGAGCAGCUGCAAGAGUAUGAGAAACAGCAGCAAGAGAUAGAUGAACAGCUGAAAGAGGAGGUGGAGCAGCUGGAAGAGAAGGAGGGGCAGCUGCAAGAGUAUGGGAAACAGCUGCAAGAGGUAGACGAUCAGCUACAAGAGAAGGAGGAGCAGGUGCAAGAGAAGGAGGAGCAGCUGCAAGAGAAGGAGGAACAGCUGCAAGAGAAGGAGAAACAGCUGCAAGAGGUAGAGGAUCAGCUACAAGAGAAGGUGGAGCAGCUGCAAGAAAAGGAGGAGCAGCUGCGAGAGAAGGAGGAACAGCUGCAAGAGAAGGAGGAGCAGCUGCAAGAGCAGGAUAAACAGCUGCAAGAGAAGGAGGGGCAGCUGCAGGAGCAGGAUAAACAGCUGCAAGAUAAGGAGAGGCAGCUGCAAAAGAAGGAGAAACAGGUGCAAGAGAAAAAUGAAGAGCUGCAAGAGUAUCAGAAAUAUCUGGAAGAGGAGGAUCAGGAGAUACACGAGCAGGAGGAGCAUCUGGAUGAGCUGAACAGGCAGCUGGAAGAGAAGGAGGAAAUACUGGAUGAGAAGGAAGAACAGCUGCAAGAGAAGGAGGAGCAGCUGCAAGAGCAGGAUAAACAGCUGCAAGAGAAGGAGAAACAGCUGCAAGAGAAGGAAGAGCAGCUGCAAGAGAAGGAGGAACAGCUGCAAGAGAAGGAGGAGCAGCUGCAAGAGCAGGAGGAGCAGCUGCAAGAGAAGGAAGAGCAGCUGCAAGAGAAGGAGGAGCAGCUGCAGGAGCAGGAUAAACAGCUGCAAGAGAAGGAAGAGCAGCUGCAAGAGAAGGAAGAACAGCUGUAUAAAGUAGAUGCAACAGAAGAAGAUGCAGCUGAAAGAGAAGGACUUGCAGAAAUAGAUCCUGCUGAAAGAGAAGAAGAUGCAUUAGGAAGGGGGGAGGUGGAUUAUCAAGAGGGGGGUGAAUUAUAAAGCAUAAGAAAGAGG